GGCGUAACCCGGAAGACCCCUGUCAUUCCAUCAGGCGACAACAUGCUCCUAUACCCGGUUCUGAGUUGACACAUUCGUCCCUGUUGCUUUGGGUUUAUGAAGUCCGUUUGUAACAUUGCAGUUGAAUUGCUCAAAUCUCCAGGAUCUCACAGUUCAGCCGCAGCUCGAAGACUCGGAGGAGAGAUGUGUAAAGAGCUGAAGACCAAAGUGCUGCAUUUACUGCCGCCGACCUCCAAUGGGCCCACUGUUCAUCAGGAAGGCCAGACAGAUGGUGCUGAAAUCCUGAGUUGCACCGUGAAGGCGCUGAAGGAGGGUCAUGUAGUCGCCGUUCCCACUGACACCAUCUACGGCUUGGCAUGUCUGGCCCAGAACUCGGAAGCCAUCAGAAAAACUUACAACGUCAAAGGAAGAAACGGGCACAAGCCGCUGGCCAUCUGUGUGGGAGAGAUUCAGGAUAUCUAUAAGUACUGUAAGGUGACCGUGAAGACAGCAGUGUUGGAUGACCUCCUCCCUGGUCCUGUCACUCUGGUGUUUGAAAGAUCUGAAAUUCUGAACACAGAUCUCAACCCCUUCACUUCACUUGUAGGCGUCCGUAUCCCCAAUCACGCUUUCAUGAGACGCCUCUGCCAGAUGUGUGGAGAACCCCUCGCUCUCACCAGCGCCAACAUCAGCUCACACACCAGCACUGUGGCCGUACAUGAGUUUCAGGAGCUCUGGCCAAAGCUAGCAGUAGUGGUGGACGGAGGACCAAUAGGAGACCACAGCCGCCUUGGAUCAACAGUGAUCGACCUCUCAGUACUCGGCAGAUACCGCAUCAUCAGACCCGGCUGUGCCCUUUCUUCUACGGUUGAAGUGCUGGAGCACAAAUACGGACUGUCAGAAGACCUGGGGGAGGCGUGACCCUUGAACCCUGCACACUCCACAACACACGCUGAGACGCACAACCGGCUUGACCAGGGGCUCCCUCAGAAAAGAUGACUCCUGUUUUCAUGCACACAUGGAAGAAAGAGUCUUUCCAGGGAAAAACUGGAGCUCUGGAAAAUCUGAGGCUUUUAACUGCUGACGGUGGAUGGUCAUUGAUUUAAGGUUGGAGUCUCUUUUCUAUUGUCUUCCUGAAGGUCUCUGCUGUCACAGGAUUUAUAAACUCUUAUUUCCUGGCCAUUUCUGCAGAAACAGAGCUCUGGGAUUUAUUUUGCAUAAAGUUAAACUGAGUAUCUUUUUGUAUCAUCAGAGCAAAGUGCUCUAACUGGGAUAAAACAGUUUGAGUUUUACUUUGAAAGAUUGUUUCUAUAAAGAGUAGAGGUGUUGACUCAUAUUAUAUGGCUUGAAUAAUAGUUUGUGAUAAGGGACGGGAGUUAACAGCAUCAGUUAUACAGACAUUAAGCCAGAACCAUGUUUUAUUACAUUUUAAAUCCCUUGUAUUUAUUUGAUUCCAGUCAAGUUAACAUGGUUUCAUUUUGCUGCAUAAACUACAGUACAUUAUAUUUACAGGAUGGAAAAUACAGAACUAUUUCAGGGUAUUUAUGGAUAAAACUGCAUGUUUUUUUUAUUUUUUAUUCUCACCCCCUUAUGUAAACUUGUUUUAUGGAAGGACACGACACAAUAAAAUGUUUUAUUUCCCACGG